AUGAUUAUUGUAUAUAUAGAUAUAGUGCUUUUGAUAAUUCUGCUAUUCCUGAUCCUGUUCACGUGCGGCUACUGCGUGUACAGAGUUCACAGGUUGCAGCAAAAUGGUCAGGUGGCAAUUUUACUUAAGCCAACGAGGGUACUGUUUUCGCACAGAAAAGAAGGGGACUCCAACGAGGAGUUGCGGACGGUGGUGGCUUACCAGAAUCCAUUCACCGGCGACUACUGCGUGCACAAAAGCCGAUUGGGUACUAAGUGUUACGUGAACGCAGCGCCCGCUCUCCCUUCUCCCCCCUCCCCCCUCCCCCACUACACCCCCGCCUCCCCCGCCUCCCCCGCAUCCCCCGACAGCGGGAUGUCCGACGAGUACGAGCCCUUGGCUCCAGUUCCGAGGCCUGACAGCGCACAGGACUACCAGGAGCCUUUGAAGCCGCCACUGAUCCCAGCGGCCAGCGAUAACAGCGUGAACAAAACCUGGAACUGGAACUAUACCGAGUAUCAGAUU